AUGCCUUCGAAUGCGGAUCCUAAGUGCAGCAAGCCGGGGCUUAGGGAAGUUUACUUAACGAAUCUCCGUGAAUCUCCGGCCCUGAACGCCGCGCCCGUCGCCUAUCCGGGCUCCCCCUUGCACCUCAACGUGGAGUUCUGUGCCAAUCCGCCGGCCCAUGCCGCCCGCUGGCUGCACGGCGAUCGCGUCUUCACGCCCGGCAACCAGUACGGCAGCACCGUUCUGGCCUACUCCGUGAAGGAUCUGCCCACGCCCUACUGCAAGGAGGCGCGCCUCACCUACGUCAGCAUGCACGAGCGGGUGCCCCGCACCUUCUACUUCAUUGUCUCGUCGCCGGGUGGCGUGGCCGAGGCCGUCUUCAAUGUGAACUUCACCAAGCGCCACCGCACGAUGUCCAAUGCCAUCGACGACGACGAGGAGGAGGAGCUCAACCGACCCGAGCAGAUCCACUUUCCCGUGUUCAACAGCAACACCGCCACCCCCGCCACAGGCCGAGGCGUAGGACAAGCCCUAGCUGUGGCUCUGGCUCUGGCUCUGUCUCUGAUCUGUUGCCAUUAACUUUAAGUGGUGGGC